GCCGCUUCCGCCGGAAGUGCUUUCUUUGGGCGUCGCGUGUUGCGUCGUCCGAGUUUCAAAAUGGCGCUGCCGGGUCCUCGAGUGUCAGCGCUGUCUGCCUACCGCUCUCUCUCUGUCCAGCCGCAAGAGCGGAGGCGGAGAGACGGAGGCGGCGAGGGAAGACCCGCGAGGAAGGGCGAGGCCUCUGGGAAGCGGCUCAAAGGGGUGGCGAAGAAGCGGAGGAGGCUGCUGAAGGAGGAGGCGGCUCCCCUGAGGAACCAGGGACACAAGCGUCGAGCCCUGGAGGAGGAAAGCUCCCCAAGAGGAGGGGGAGAGGAAGAGGAGGGCCCCCUCUCCUCCACCCCCCUCCGACGCCUCCUGAAGGACCUGGGCCGCAUCCCUGACAGCCGCCGUCGCGCCUCCAGGCUCUUUGAGUGGGUCGUGGCCCCCGUCCCCCUUGAGCGCUUCAUGGGCCACUUCUGGGAGAAGCGCCCCCUCUUGGUCUGCCGCAACGACCGGGGCUACUACAGGGGCCUCUUCUCCACCUCGGAGCUGGACGCCCUCCUCCGCCGCCGGGAGGUCCUCUUUGGGGUCAACCUGGACGUCACCAGCUACCAGGACGGCAGGAGGGAGACCCACAACCCUGUGGGGCGGGCCCUGCCUCCCGUCGUGUGGGACUUCUUCCACCAGGGCUGUUCGCUGCGUCUCCUCAACCCACAGGCCUUCUCCAGCACCGUCUGGCACCUCCUCUCCCUCCUCCAGGAGCACUUCGGCUCCAUGGUGGGAGCCAACGCCUACCUGACCCCGGCAGGGACCCAGGGCUUCGCUCCCCAUUAUGACGACAUCGAAGCCUUCGUCCUCCAGCUGGAGGGGAAGAAGCACUGGAGGGUCUACAGACCCAGGAGGGAGGCCGAGGUCUUGCCCCGCUUCUCCAGUGGCAACUUCACCCAGGAGGAGAUCGGGGAGCCUGUCCUCGAGGCCGUCUUAGAAGCCGGGGACUUGCUGUACUUCCCGCGAGGGUUCAUCCACCAAGGGGACUGUCUCCCCGACGCGCAUUCGCUCCACAUAACUGUGUCUUCCUUCCAGCGAAACACCUGGGGGGACCUGUUGGAAAAGCUGCUCCCGGCAGCAUUGCAGAUGGCCCUCGAAGAGGACGUGGAGUAUCGCCAAGGGCUGCCCCUGGACUACUUGGAGUACAUGGGCGCACUGAGCUCGGAUAGUCCUGAUCCACGCCGAGGCGCCUUCAUGCAAAAGGUCAACAGGCUAAUAACAAAGCUGAUGGAUUAUGCGCCAGUUGAUGCUGCGGUGGAUCAGAAAGCCAAGGAUUUUCUUCACGAUUGCCUUCCUCCGGUGCUGACCGAGAGCGAAAAGGCAUUAAGUGUGUAUGGACAUCCAGCGCGGUGGGAGAAUGGAAAUGUCCACAGUGUGGAUGUCCAGGUCAAGGGAACAACGCUGGUGCGGCUGCUUCGGUAUGGGAUUGUCAGACUGUGCAGUGAAGGAGGCAGCAUGAUGCUGUAUUAUACUACAGAGAAUUCAAGGGUGUACCACAAGGAGGAGCCCAAGUACUGUGAAAUCGAACCUGAAUAUGCAGAGAGCAUUGAAUUCUUGCUCUCCUCUUAUCCAGAGUACGUCAGUGUGGAAGCCCUUCCUUGUACUACCUUGGAUGAUAAGAUUGCCUUGACCACUGUCUUGUUUGAGAAAGGAUUGUUGGUUACUAAGGACCCUCUACCUGCUACACAUGAUCAAAAUUAAUACAGAAUUGGAAUGUGUUUUUCUUAUACUUACUAGUAAAUUUAAGGUGCUAGACCAGAGCUCUGAGAAGUUCCUGCUGGGCAAGUGAGUUUCAUCUGGAGAGACAAAAAUUAGUCUAGUUGUAAAAAGAAUUAAUGCUGCAACGCAAUCUGCAGAUUGAAGAUUUUUUAAAAAGGCACAGUGUAGUGAUCAUUUUUGUGUUUGAAUUGUGGGCCAAGUUUUGAAGGGUUUUUUAAACUAAUAAAGUUUAUAACAAAGCAUAAA